UUCCAUUUAACACAAAAACACGUUUCUAACACAAAACACGAAAACCCUUUACAGCAAAAAAAGAAAAAAUAAAGCAAUCCCAAAAGCUCUUCUAUUUAAGGUGACUCACACUAUUACUUCUUCAUCUUCCACUUUCAACAAUUCUUCAAUAUAUUUUCUUAAGAAAAAGAUGAGUAAUGAAGAGUUGGUUAUUCAAGCUGAGUAUGUGUACAAAGAAGAGACUCGACUCACUGUUUUGAAAACAUCUCGGUUCUUCACUGGUGAUGGCUUUGUUGUGUAUGAUUGUAAGGGACAACUCGUUUUCCGAUUCGACUCGUAUGGACCUAACACUCGUGAUAAGGAAGAACUUGUUCUCAUGAAUCCUCAUGGUCGUUCUCUUCUCACCUUACGGAAAAAGAAACCUAGUCUUCAUCAACGAUGGGAAGGGUUUAAAGGAGAGAGAAAGGACGGUGAUAAACCUAUUUUUAAUGUAAAAAGAUCAUCAAUAAUUGGGCGAUCUCGAACAACCAUAACGGUGGAAGUACAUGAGAAUCCAGGUAUGGAGUACUUCAUUGAAGGGUGCUUCCCACAACGAUGCUGUAAGAUUUUCAAUGCUACAAAAAAAUUAGUGGCUGAGAUUCGCCGCAAAGUAGACCCCACCACUAAUGUUAUGCUUGGAAAAGAAGUGUUCUUGCUUUGCGUUCAACCUGAUUUUGAUGUGUCCUUUGCCAUGGGAUUGGUUUUGGUAUUGGAUCAAAUCAAUGGUGAGAAUUUCUUUGAUAAUGGGACCAUCGAGACCUCGGUGCACCCUACUAUAGAAGAUUGAGGAAUUGUUGUUGUUGUGUUAUAUUUUGAGAUUUUUAUUAAAAAGUUUAAUCACCUUCUUAACACAUUUUAUUUUUCCUUUUUUUAAUAUUCAUCCUUUGUUGUAUGACAUUAAUAAAAUGGUUAAUAGUGUAUAUUUAUAUCUUGAAAA